AUGCAGUCUCUUAUCCGGUUCUUUGCUUUUGUGGCAGCAGCAGUUUCAUUUGCACAGGCGGCACCCGUGUCCACGGCUGUCGCUGGUCAGGUCGUUCCUGGAAAGUGGAUAAUUACGCUUCAGCCUGAUGCCGAUGUCGCUACUGUUGCGUCGCAUUUCGUCAAGGUGCGCGAGAUUCACGCUCGCAACGUAGCCAGGCGUGAUGUGACGGAGCAAGAUUCCGGAGGGGUUGAGCGACAGUAUGGGUUCGGAUCUUUCAAGGGCUACGCAGGGUCUUUUGACGCGGCGACGAUUGAGGAGCUGAAGGGGUUGCCAGAGGUGCUCAGAAUCGAACAGGACACUAUCAUGACUACCUUUGACUUCGUCACUCAAAGCAACACUGAGAAUUGGGGCCUCGCUGCUAUCUCUUCCCGCACAAAAGAUGCCACAGACUACAUUUACGAUUCCAGCGCCGGACAGGGCAACUACAACUAUGCAGUCGACACAGGCGUCCGCAUCACACAUCAAGAGUUCGAAGGCACCCGCGCAGUCUGGGGCUACAACGCCGUCAACGACAUAAACACCGAUAACUCAGGCCAUGGAACCCACGUCGCAGGCAUCAUGGCCGGCAAAACCUACGGCGUCGCCAAAAAAGCCACCGUCAUCGCAGUCAAGAUCUUCGAAGGCAACUCCGGCCAAAUGUCCGUCGUCCUCGACGGCUUCACCUGGGCCGCCAAAGACAUCGUCGCGAAAAACCGCACGAGCACCGCCGUCAUCAACAUGUCUCUCGGCGGCGCGGCCUCCGCUGCCUGGGACGCAGCCAUCACCGCCGCAUGGGCCCAAGGCGUCCUCGCUGUCGUCGCCGCAGGAAACGAGAACCGCGACGCGUCGCUCGUGUCGCCUGCGCGAUCGCCGGAGGUUAUCUGCGUGGGGAACUUGCAGAGGGAUAAUUCGAGGUAUGGGGGUACGUCGGGGUCUAACUACGGACCUGCGGUGGAUAUUUUUGCGCCGGGGACGGGCAUCGUGAGCAGUUAUCGGACGAGUGAUGAUGCGAUCCAGGUGCUGUCUGGGACGUCGAUGGCGGCGCCGCAUGUUGCUGGGCUGGUGUCUUAUGUUAGGGGUCUUGAGGGGGCGAUGAGCGCGGAGAAGGUUAAAGCGAGGGUGUUGGGGUUGGGGUUCCGGGGAGGGCCUCGGCCCACUAAUCCCCCAACCCCCAACCCACCUCUCGCCCCCAUCCCUCUCUACAUUCUCCUCUCGCUCGCCAUAAACGCCGCCCGCGGCACACUCAGCAUCUCCGCCUUUCCUUCUCCCCAUCCCGAAGUAGUAGGCCUAGGCCGGCUGAUAGUGUCUUUGCUCAAGGGAGGGCCCUUCCGUUUCUCCCCUGUGAACGAGCGGUUCGAGGAGCGCGAACUCGCUCGCGAAGAGCUGCGUGAAUCUGCGCGGGAGGAAUCCCGUGAUGGGCUCUGCGACGCGGGCAAGGGCGAGUUGAACAUGCGGUGA